UCGAGCGGGAUGUACUAAGUAAAUUGUACAUCGAACAAUGAUUAUGAUUAGGUGCAUGGCUGUAUUGUGCUGGGCGGCGCUUACCACUGCCGCCCGGAGUGACUUGACCAAACUAUUAUCCCUUAGUGCGAGGAACAGUGACGGUUCGGUUGUCAAUGUAACCAGUGCAUCAAUAGUGAUACCAUCCUAUAGUGUUCGCAACUCGAGGAGUCCGCAAGAGUUUCAGAAAUAUGCAUUCCGGCCACGCGCUAUGCCGGAAGCAAAGUAUAAGUCUGAAGUGCUGUACCCUGGUAGCUACUUCGAUAUUCCUAAAGAGAAGAGGGAGGAAGUGCAAACGAAGGAGGUCUACUCGCAGUUCCAGCCACAGGCAAUACCUUUGAGAGAUGAAGGAAGGGAGUUGGAUGAUGAGCCGGAAGACAUCGCUGAUCAGGCUACGAGAAGAUCAUUGUCAUACAUCUUUGGAGGAGAAGCAGACGAAGAACCUGACGAUGAAGAUGGUGAAUACGAAAUCGAAGAAGAAGACACAGGAGAAGAGUCCAAAUCGAAGAACAAAAGAAAGAAAAAUAAAAAGGCCUUAAAGAAUAAGCGUUAUACUAAAUAUAUGCUACCUCUUCUCUUAGCCUAUAAGAUGAAAUACGUCGCAUUAGUCCCAGUUAUGAUUGGUGGACUGCUUCUAUUAGCUGGGGCCACGGGCUUGGCUGGUUUCUUCUUUGCAUUAUUUGCGGCUACAAUGGCCUUACAGAAGGGAGGUUACUAAGUCGACGAACUCGUUGCCAUCAGUUACAAUAAGGGCGAGCGCUAUCUGUGAUUUACCUAUUUUUAAUUGGUGUUGUGUAUUCGAUAUUUAAAUUUAAUUUGACAGUUGUGAUCAAUUUAAUACAAAAUUAUCGGAUUUGGAAUUGCAAUAAUCGGAAUUGAUAAAUUUAUCGAUAGACAAUUUUACUGUCGACGAAAUUCUCAAAAUAUUUGAUAUAUUGUCUGGGGCAUGACAUCAUCUAGAUAAACAACGAACUAAAUAAUCGUUUUCUAUAAUUUUGUAUAUUUCAAUUUUCACCACUAAACGUUUACGAUAACAAGGCUAUUGUAAAU